ACAUUAGUAGCCAUCAUUCAUCAACCAUGAAAAUUCUCCCUCUCCUAAUGAGUUAGAAAUUCACUUUCUAUUCCUUUCACUCCAAUAAAACAUCCCCAAGGGCCAAGACUUCCCCAUUUUUUUUUUAUAAAUCACAGUGUUUGUUUCUCCGAUCCAUCAACCAAACCAAGAAAAAAAGUGUUCUCUCAAUCACCAAAUCAACAAUGGAGGCUAAAUGGCUGGUUCUUUUGACAAUGGCAAUAAUGCUUGCACUGGCAAACGGUCAGGAGUCAGUAAAGCCAUUGGUGAAGAUUGUUAAGGGCAAGAAAUUGUGUGACAAAGGGUGGGAAUGUAAAGGGUGGUCACAGUAUUGUUGCAACAAAACCAUUUCUGAUUACUUCCAAACUUACCAAUUUGAGAACCUUUUCGCAAAACGUAACACACCUGUGGCUCAUGCAGUUGGGUUCUGGGAUUACCAUUCUUUCAUUACUGCUGCUGCUCAGUAUCAACCUCAUGGUUUUGGUACCACAGGUGGAAAGCUGCAGAGUAUGAAGGAAGUUGCUGCUUUUCUUGGACAUGUUGGCAGCAAAACUUCAUGUGGUUAUGGAGUGGCUACCGGAGGACCAUUGGCCUGGGGUUUAUGCUACAACAAGGAAAUGAGCCCUAGCAAGUUGUAUUGUGAUGAUUACUACAAAUACAACUAUCCUUGCACUCCAGGAGUUUCAUACCAUGGCCGUGGUGCCUUACCUAUCUACUGGAACUACAACUAUGGAGAAACUGGGGAGGCUUUGAAGGUGGACUUGUUGAACCACCCAGAAUACAUAGAAAACAAUGCAACCUUGGCAUUCCAGGCUGCAAUCUGGAGGUGGAUGACCCCAGUGAAGAAGCACCAGCCAUCAGCCCACGAUGUUUUCGUUGGUAACUGGAAACCAACCAAGAACGACACAUUGGCCAAGAGGGUUCCAGGGUUUGGCAGCACCAUGAAUGUUCUGUAUGGAGAUCAAGUUUGUGGCCAGGGUGAUAGCGAGUCCAUGAACAACAUCAUCUCCCAUUAUCUGCAUUACCUUGACCUGAUGGGUGUUGGCAGAGAGGAAGCAGGACCCCAUGAUGUGCUCACCUGUGAAGAACAGGAACCUUUCAGCGUAUCUCCUUCCUCUGUAACAUCAUCCUGAUCAUCAUCAGCUUAAUUUGGUUGAUAUGGUGAUUGAAUUCUUAGCUUGAUCUCCAUCAGCAAUGGAAUUGGGCAACUAUAAUAUUGUUUUGGAAACAUAAACUUGAUAUGAUUACUGCAAGAUGCCCAAUUAUUUGAAAAUUCGGUCUUUGUGUGAAUCCCACGUUUGAGAUUCGUUUUUAAUUUGAAUCAUAUAUCAUAUCUCAUAUAUAAUAUUAUAUUAUAAUAUACAUU